AAGUGACCGAGGUGGUGCCCUGCAGGAUAUAAAUACAGGCAGGAGGAGAACCAAGCUCAAGAGACAGCGAGUUCACCACUCACAGGAGCAAGCCAGAGCAAUGUCCCUGGCUGGGGUGAGCUGCCUGGUGACAGGAGCAGGAGGAUUCCUUGGCCAGAGGAUUGUGCGCUUGCUGCUGGAAGAAGAGGAGGCGCUGGCUGAGAUCCGCCUGCUGGACAAAGCCUUCAGCCAUGAAACCCUCGGGAGGUUUGACAAGUUCAAGGGUAAGACUGAGGUGAAGAUCCUGGAAGGGGACAUCCGAGAUGUCACAUUCCUGCACCGUGCCUGCCAGGGGGUCUCCCUCGUCAUCCACACGGCUUCCCUCAUCGACACCCUGGGCCUCAUCGAGAAGAAGCUGCUCUGGGAAGUCAAUGUAACAGGUACUCAGCUGCUGCUGGAGGCGUGUGUCCGCUGUAACGUCCAGCACUUCAUAUACACCAGCACCAUCGAAGUGACGGGCCCAAACUGCAAAGGUGACCCCAUUUUCAAUGGUGAUGAAGAUACAGCUUAUGAGAGCACACCCAAAUUUCCUUAUGCCCAAAGCAAGAGACUGGCAGAGGAUUCCGUGCUGAAAGCAGACGGCCAGGUGCUGAAGGAUGGUGGCACACUGAUGACCUGUGCCCUGAGGUCCAUGUACAUUUUUGGGGAAGGCUGCCCGUUUCUCCAGGGCCAUCUGGAUAAGUGCCUGUUGAACAAGAACGUCUACCUGCGCUUCUCCAGGAAGGAGGCUCUGGUGAACCCCGUGUACGUGGGGAACAUCGCCUGGGCACACGUGCAGGCAGCCAAAGCCCUCCGAGCCCCGCAGAAAGCCAAGCACAUCAGGGGCAAGUUCUACUACAUCUCAGAUGACACUCCUCACAUGAGCUACGCUGAUCUGAAUUACGAGCUGACCAAGGACCUGGGGUUUGGAAUUGAGCCCCAGCUGCCCAUGCCUCUGACAGUGCUCUAUUACUUCUCGCUGCUGCUGGAGAUCGUGAGCUUCUUGCUCCGGCCCUUUGUCAGAUACAUCCCCUCCACCAACCGGCACCUGGUCACACUGCUGAACACCCCGUUCACCUUUUCUUACAGGAAAGCACAGCAGGAUUUUGGCUACGUGCCCCACUACACGUGGGAAGAGGCCAAGAAGAGCACUGGUGAGUGGAUUGCCUCUGUGAUCCCCCAGAGAAGGGUGUGCUUGCAAAGCAGCACUGCCUAAGCCUGAAGAGGAGCUGAAACCCAACUAAACAAGUAGGGCCUUGAGCCAGAGGAGAGCUGGGGGAAAAGCAGCAGCAUCAGCAAACUAGAAAGCAUUUAAAUGAAUACUUUGUGUAAAAGUCCACUGAAACCCCUCACCCUCAACUUCAUAAUAAAUAAAAGUGAAAUGUUCA